AUGUCUGGCCGCUUCGUACGAGCGUCCAAGUACCGACAUGUCUUCGGCAAGCCUACGCGAAAAGAGUUCUGCUACGACAACCUGCGCAUUAGUCGAAAUGCCUGGGACACCAACUUGGUCAAGGCCAACCCCGAAUACCUCGCCGUCAAUUGGGAGGCCAGUGGCGGAGGAGCCUUUGCAGUCAUCCCCCUGAACGAGCGAGGAAAGGUCCCCGACGUCAUUCCUCUGUUCCGUGGCCACACUGCUACCGUCCUCGAUACCGACUGGAACCCCUUCAACGAUCGCCUCAUCGCCUCCGCUUCCGACGAUGGAAAGGUUAUGCUCUGGCAGGUUCCUCAGGGCUUCACCCUGUUGACCGACGCCGAGGAGCCCGCCGACGUCGCCCCCGUUGCCCAGCUCAAGGGCCAUUCGAGAAAAGUCGGCCAGGUUGUCUUCAACCCCGCUGCUGAAAAUAUUCUUGCCUCGGCCUCCGGUGACCUGACCAUCAAGCUGUGGGAUGUCGGUGCUGGUGCGGCCGUCCACAGUCUGAAACACACCGACAUCGUCCAAAGUUUGUCGUGGAACGCCAGCGGCUCAAUGCUGGUUACAACCUCGAGAGACAAGAAGCUUCGCGUGUGGGAUGUGCGACAGGAGAGACCCGCGCACGAGAGUCCCGGCCACGAAGGAGCCAAGAGCAGUCGAGUCGUCUGGCUAGGAGAGCAGAACCGGUUUGCGACUACUGGGUUCUCCAAAAUGAGUGAUCGCCAACUGGCUCUAUGGGAACCUGGCAACCCCACGCCGAUUGGCGGCCGUCCUCAAACCCUCGAUAGCAUCUCGGGUGUUUGCAUGCCUUUCUGGGAUGACAGCUGCAAUACUCUAUACCUCGCUGGAAAGGGUGAUGGCAACAUUCGUUAUUUUGAAUACGAGAGCGACAAGUUCGAAUUUCUCUCUGAAUACAAGUCCCCAGAACCUCAACGAGGAAUUGCCUUCCUUCCCAAGCGAGGCGUCAAUGUUCACGAGAACGAGGUCAUGAGAGCGUACAAAACUGUGAACGACUCCUAUAUCGAGCCAAUCUCUUUCACGGUGCCUCGACGUGCCGAGACCUUCCAAUCCGACAUUUAUCCUCCAUGUGUCGGCGCUAAGCCCGCCGUAAGCGCUCACGAUUGGCUAUCGGGCAAGACUGGCCUCCCGCCCAAGAUUGACUUUGAGAGUAUCUAUGAGGGCAAUGCGCCGGUCGAGGUUCCGUCUGACUACAAGCCUCCGGCUCCCACACCCGCCCCUGCUCUGGUCUCUAACCCUGCUCCUAAGAAGGAGCCUGAGCCUGCACCUGCACCUGCUGCUGUGCGAUCCCCCCCUCCUUCCAUGCAAGAGCAGAAUCGGUCGAUGGCGGCAAUGGCAUCCAAGUACGAAGACAAUGACGACGAGGACGACGCAGACGAGACUUCAAGCUUCGAGGAAGUAUCUAAACCGCCGCAGCGAAGUGCUCUGCCUGCCAGAUCCGAGCCCAAACCUUCGUCUCCUACGAAAACGACAUCAGCUCCGCCACCAAAGGCAGCAUCCCCCGUCAAAUCACCUACGUAUGCACCCACUUCGACCUCAUCGGCGCCCGUUCCCACAUCAUCCAGCAGUGCGACAACGGGCUCGGGGGCCGAAUCAACACUAGAACAGAUCAAGCAACUUUUGGAGACGCAGACCAAGAUGCUCAGCACGCAAGGACAGCAGAUCAAUCACUUGACGACUGAAGUCGAUUACCUGAAGAAGCGGGUGGGAUCUGGAUCGCAGGACCAAAGUGAACGAAUCCGACAGCUCGAACUGGAGUUGGAGGAAUUGAGAUCAUGA